GAAAAUGAAGUAACCUGGACAUCUCGUUUAGUCUACUGGGUUCCUCCGGGAGAAGACUUGUUUCCCUGGAUGGUCGGAGAAGCAAACAUGACAUCUUGGCUCUUUCGACUCUUCGUUUGCAUCUUGGGUUGGAAAUCAUGUCACGGCCUCGGUUACUACGACUACUACGUGCCCGAGGGCACCAUCAAGGCCGGACUGGUAGCUGAGGGUGACACCUUCACCCUCAACGACAAAGACCUCACCAUCUUUUCCGGUUCACUUCACUACUUCCGGGUUCAUCCGGACUACUGGCGGGACACCCUCAGGAAGUUCAGGGCUGCUGGACUGAAUGCUGUUCAGACUUACGUACCCUGGAACCUCCACGAGCCCAGGCGAGGAGUGUUCGACUUCGGAGAACUGGACGAGGACAUGUCGGCAUUCCUGGACUUGCGCUCAUUCCUCCAGAUGGCUCAGGAAGAAGACCUCUUCGUCCUUUUGAGACCUGGGCCUUACAUCUGCGCCGAGUGGGAAUACGGAGGACUGCCCAGCUGGUUACUGCGUGACGAAAAUAUGAGAAUGAGAAUUAACUACGAAGGCUUCAUGAAUCCCGUCCGUGAUUACUUCAACAACCUGCUUCCUCGCAUUGCUGAUCUUCAGUUUACUCGAGGAGGACCUAUCAUUGCUGUUCAGAUAGAGAACGAGUAUGGCAGCUUUGGAGACGGGAGAGAACCUGAUGGAAAAGCCUACCUGGAGUUCCUGAAAGAGACGCUGACAGCCAAUGGGUUCAGUGAGUCGCUGUACUACACCUCGGACCCAAUCUUAGGGAAUGGGGACAGAGGAGCUGUAGAAGGAGCCUUAAUGACAGCGAACUUCAACGAAAGCCCAGAGGAAAAUUUGAACAAACUGAAGCGCUUACAGCCUGACCGACCCCUGAUGGCUGCAGAGUACUGGACGGGAUGGUUUGAUAAUUGGCUGGCCGAUUCACACAUCGCAAAAGAUCCGAAGGAGUUUGGAGCAAUAUUGGAAGCCAUUCUGCAGCGGAAUUCCUCCGUCAAUAUGUACAUGUUCAUUGGCGGCACCAGCUUCGCCUUCAUGCCUGGCGGCGGUUUCGGAGACUCGUGGCCCUUUUACUAUUCGGACACCACGAGUUACGACUAUGACGCUCCGUUGUCCGAAGCAGGAGACUACACUGAGAAGUACACAGUUGCUAAGGACGUUAUAGCAAAAUACAAUCCUUUAGAGGGAGUUGUUGAUCAUCCAGAAAAACCUCCUCAACGAGAAAAAAUAGCUUAUGAUAAGGUAGCCAUUACUGAGCACCUGGAUUUUCCAACUUUACUGGCGCAGCAAACGAGUGUGGAGGUCACGGAAGGGCCUUGCAGUAUGGAACAGUUACCCAUCAAUGACAACAACGGCCAGUCCUACGGGUACAUAUCGUACACGACGCAUGCGUACUUGACUCCCACUUCGAAGUUACUCAUCACGAAUCAUGUAAGGGACUUAGCCCAGGUCUUAGUUGAUGGCGUUGUGAUGACGAAGCCCUACAGCACUCCUGACGACGUCAAUGGGUUUGGCUUCUGGAACGGAAAAGACCAAGAACUAGACAUCCCUGGUAGUAACGAAGUGGCUGAAGUGACUAUCAUGGUUGAAAACCUAGCGAGGAACAACUUUGGUCUUGGUCCUGAUAAUUUCAGUGAAAAAAAAGGCAUUUGGGAAGGCUCGGUUUUCAUUGAUGGUAUUCAGAUUGACGAGUGGGUCAUCCAUUCAAUGGAAAUGAAAGGAAAGCAGGUUAUAAAUUACACUGGUUGGCAGCCUUUUGAAGGGCCCUUAGAAACCCCAGCUAUGUAUCGUGGGGCCUUUGAAAUUACAGAGGAGCCAAAGGACACCUUCCUUGACAUGAGUGGAUGGAAUAAAGGAGUCGUUUUCAUUAACGGAUUUAACAUUGGUAAAUACUGGAAAGAAGGACCUCCUAGGACUCUGUAUAUUCCAGGCGCUUUACUGCGAAUCGGGUUGAACGAGAUUAUUGCAUUUGAGCAGUAUACAUCAAGCCGUGAAUUCAUCUUCACAGCAGUUCCUAUCCUUGGCUGAAGGCAGUGGUGUACUGUAUACAAGCUCCUUCGAAAUGAGCUCUUCCAGGGUUAUCUGGGAUUUUAGCAGCUAUGAACUAGACAUAUUUUAGCAAUUUUUGUUUAAACAUUAAACACUUCAUAAAUU